AUGCAAGGUCGUGUGAAUGUUCCUUACUAUUUCAUAAAAAAUGACAACCCUUCGGCACCUUCAGCGAACGCACAACUGAGGCACCUUUCUACGAGAUCACGGCUGCAAUUAUCUCGCACAUCACGAUAUUUAAACAUCUCAUUUUCAGCUCCUGCUGGUUAUCAUUAUUCAAUUGAGGAUGUUACGACGAGUAAUCCAAACCUUGUAGGCUAUCCUAUCUUCGGUAUACCAACCAAAGGAAAAGUGCCGUCUAGAAAGACAGCAUUUAGUGUUGAGUUUCGAUGCACUGGGAAAGAAGCAGGUACAGCCCUUGUCAGCUUUCGUCUUCGAUUUCAGACUGAAAACUACGAUGGUCAAGAUAUCAAAGCAUCACCUCUUAACUUUCAGAUAGAGAAAGAAUGUGAAAAAUACGAGAGCGUGUCGAGAUCAAUGAUUGAGGUCUGUCAGCCACCAUGUUCAGACGGGGGCGUGUGCAGUUCAGACGGCAGAUGCGAUUGUAAGGAGGGCUAUUACGGUCUACGAUGUUCACAACCUCUUUGUAUUCCGCAUUGCUAUAACGGUGGCACUUGCAUCAAACCAGGAGUCUGCGCAUGCCCAGAAGGAUUCAGCGGGAAAAUCUGUCACUUAGCCUCCUGCAGAGAUAACUGUUUUAACCACGGCCGUUGCAUAGCACCAGGAAAAUGCAAGUGUUAUCGGAAUUGGUUUGGUGACAUGUGCCAGUACCCUGUAUCAAGAGAGAAAUCUCAGCAAGAUAAAAGCGGAAUUAACAUGGAAAAGGUGAAAGAAGGCAACAGUCACUUUUCAUCAGAAUGAAGUACUCCAUUUGAACCCAUCUAAAGACAUUAGAAAGGACAUCCAGAACUGGGAUGGACAAAUCUGGAGUGGUUAAAAUCAUAUGGAAUAGGAUGGUCUCUGUAUCUGACACCAACUGGCUCUAGUGUCCCUUGAGCACAUUUGACACUCUCUUUGAUGGAUAUGGUUGGGUUCUUAAGUCAUUGUGUGACCGUGACUCCCCAAGGAAUGGCGAAUGGAUAUUGUGCGAGGAUGAGCCAAAAUGCGUUCACCGACGGGAAACAUAUCAUAUAACAUCUCCAAUGGUUAAUAUAUGACAUGUACCUUGGUAUGAAGUGCUAUGAUACAUUACCAACAUUAUCAUGGAGGAAAAACGAAAAAUUGAAUGCACCAUCGAUGGAAUGCUCUGAAAUGACGAAAUGUUCUGAGGGGAAAACAAGAAGACAAGAUGCUUAUUUCAUCGGGUUAAGAAAAUGGUGAUGGUAUACAAUAUCCCGGAUAUCGUGAUAUCGACUUCGUCAAGACGGAUCACAUCUUAAUAGCAUAAUCUUUUCCGUUUAUUCAGCUAUACAGUUACAGACUUUUCAUUGAAAAAUAAAAGGACAAUGAUAAACAUAAGAUUCAAUGAUUAAAUCAGGGACUGAGAACGAAUCUGACUAUAAGCUAAGAAAAGAAACGAAGUAAAAAAUAUAAUAAUAAUAAAAAAAAAAAGGAUGAGGCUUACCUAAACGAAGUGCCUGAUAUUUGUUAUCAAUGAAGUGAUUUGUCCGAGAGAUUUUAAAUGGCAAUUGCUGUAAUAUUUUAAUAUGAUAUUUAAAAUAUUCGUAUCUCUAUUUGAUUGAGAACAAAUUUGUCGGUGGAAUCACUAUAAGCAUAAUAGGAAAACGUUUCCUGUAACCUCAAACAUGAAAUUCUGGAGUUCAAGAAUUGUUCAUCCAAUGUCGUGACAAAGUAGCUCAAUAUCACACACCGAAUCCCAUUUACUGACGUACUUUAUUAUAGUCUUGAUACGUCGUGAUGGAAAUAAAUAAUGUUGAGUAUUUUUCAUUUUGAUCUUCCUUUAAAAACAGGAAUUCGCUAAAGCAUGUUGUAAUUCUGAUGCUUUUUUUGGCAAAAUGAUAUUGUUUGAAUUAUCAAAAGGUCAGUGAAAGAUAUUGUUUUCAAUCUACAUGAUGGGGAUGUUGCAUCCUGGGUAAAGAAACAAAAAUUAUUUUGCAACUUAGUUCUUAGGGUGAUGAUGUUCAAUCUAGCUGUGAAAUAUUUACUCUAUAGUUCAAUCAAAUCACAUAUAUUGUGAAGUGUGAUACACGCUGUUGCUCAGAAAGAUGAAUAAUGUUCGCCGGAAUUUUCAGAUAUUCCAUUUCAAUAGACUGAUUUUCCAGCUCAAUUUUAGUUAUUUAUGAAAUGACACAUGCUAUAUUGUUUUUGUGAUAUCCUGACAAUUCAAUCUGUGUUGGUGAAUAACUGGAUCUAAUGUGGUCAGACUCUGGAUCUAAAUCUUAUGGAAGUUAGCUCAAUGAUCUUAUGGUUGUGCGAAUUAUAUUUGAACAGCGCCAGCUGUUGAUUAUACCCAGAAUCUGAUCAGCAGCUGCAACCCAAGUGGUUUUACCAAACCAAUGCUAAAAUUUACAAACAUCAAAUGCACCCUUUGACUUGGUAACUCAAAUAAAGCAAAUUACAGCAGCGAAAAGCUCAAAAGUACA